AUGAGUGAUUUUUAUGGACAAUCUGACGAGAAGGAAAACAUUAACGUAUUGAACAAAUCGAUCGAAUUAGGAAGUUACUUUUGGGAUACUGCGGAUUUGUAUGGAAUUGGAGCUAAUGAGAUCCUUUUGUCAAAAGUUCUUAAAGAACGUCGUCAUGAAGUAUUUCUUUGUACAAAAUUCGGAGUCGUUCGAGGUCCAAAUGGAGAAUUUGAGAUUAAAGGUGAUCGUGAAUAUGUUCGUCAAGCUUGUGAAAAAUCGUUGAAAAGGCUUGGGGUAGAUUAUAUUGACCUCUAUUAUCAAAUUCGUGUGGAUUCUAAAACACCUAUUGAGGAAACCGUUGCCGCUAUGACGGAACUUGUGAAAGAAGGCAAAGUGAAAUAUAUCGGACUCUCGGAAUGUUCCGUGAACACACUUCGACGCGCUUGUAAAGUUCAUCCAAUUGCAGCUUUACAGAUCGAGUAUAGUCCAUGGACACUUGAUAUUGAAAAUAAUGGAAUUAUGGAAGCAUGUCGUGAAUUAGGUGUUACCAUAGUCGCUUAUAGCCCACUUGGUCGCGGAUUCUUAACCGGAAAAUAUAAAUCAAUUGAUGAUUUUGAUCAAAAUGAUGUUAGAAGGACAAGUCCACGUUUGAUGGGUGAUAAUUUUCAAAAAAAUUUGGAAAUUGUUAAAAAAUUUCAGGAAUUCGCAAGGAAGAAGGGUGUUACAGCAAGUCAAUUUUGUCUGGCUUGGGUUUUGGCUCAAGGAGAAAAUAUUGUUGUUAUUCCUGGUACAAAGAAAGUCAAAUAUUUAGAAGAGAAUGUUGACACAGCUAAUGUUCAACUUUCGUCCGAGGAAUUAUCUGAAGUUCGUCAAAUUAUUGAUUCUAUUGAGAUCAUUGGGCACAGAUAUCCAGCUUGUUCAAUUUUUACAAUUGGUGAUGAAACUAAUAAUGCCAUAACUUUGAUACGAAAUAAGAUGAACUAUUACAAUAAAUCUACAACUAUGGAUAUAUUAUCUUCAGAACAUAUAGAAAUUAAUGCUCGUAUGCAUUUAAGAAAUCUUGCCAAUAAAUUUCAACCUAUUGCACAACCAAAUAUAAAUAAUGAAUUGGAACGAUAUCUUUCUUUACCUACAAAAAAUGAAUGUGAACCGUUAGAAUGGUGGAAAUUUCAUAAAGAACAAUUUCCAAUCUAG